AUGGAUCCCGAAACGGUUUCAGUCGAAAUCUCUAGUUUUGCGAUGCAGUUAAACAACUUUACUGGUUGGACUCUACAUUGUAGAGUAAAAGAGGAAGUGGAAAAAACUUGUUUCAAAUAUUUUACGAGAUUCCCGACGACUGAAAUUAAAAUCCCUAAGCAAAUGAUCGUCGCUUUACUUCGCUUUUAUGAUUACAAUGAAGAACACUUUGUGUUUGGGGAUACUAAAGUUGAUCUUGAUCUUGAAGAUGUAAUGUACAUCACAGGACUUCCCAUUGAUGGAAAACAGAUUUCAGGAUUUGAACCAGGAGAUCCUAUUGAGACAAUAGUAAAUCAUUUGUCCCUACAUCCAGUUGAAGCUAAUGAUUUGCUAUUUCCUAAUAAGAGAGGAAAAAAGUCUCAUAAUAUAAGUUUAAAACGUUUGAAAGAAAAAUUUCAGAGCAUUGAUGUUACUGAGGAGAAUUUAUUUAUUUACCUUUUCUUGAAGUACUUGAUAUAG